AUGACUUAUGCAGACAGAUGCAGAUGCAGGAGCAGGAGGAGCGGGAGUCAGCGGAGGACAGACACAAGGAGAAGAUGGUCUGCAGCAUCCUGCUGCUCAUCACCCUGACCUCCUGUGUCUGUGGAGUGUUUGAGCCUCAUAACACGGCUCUAAACUAUCAGGCAGAGGAGAGCAACAACAUCACAGUGGAAUGGCGCUUCUCGUCCAAAGCCAACAUUUCCCUCCCCUCACUUAAGAUCCACUGUUUGUUUGUGUUACCUGAGCUGAAGGUGUUUUAUCAUCUGGACAACAGUGUUGAGGAGUCUCAGCAUGAGCAGUUUGCAGGACGGGUGCAGUGUGACAAAGACGCUCUCAGUACAGGACGCGUCAGACUUCAUCUGUCCAGAGUCAGGACUGACGACUCGGGCCCGUACCUCUGCAGAAUGGCCACUGAAUUCGGCAAGAAGAUUAAAGAGUUCUCACUCAACAUCACUGAUAAAUCACAUACAGACACAAUAGCUGACGAGCCCAAACCUGUGAUACCAAAACCAGCGAGCCGGGGAAGAAUCGGCCUCUACGUUGGACUGGGACUGGCAGCGGCAGCAGCAGCUGCACUGGCUGUCUGUCGCUGUACUUCAUCAUAUACUGCACUGCACUCCACCUGAAGCGGAGACAGUAGGACCGAGAAGCUGUGUGCAGUGACACAGACGUGAAAUGUUUCAGCUUUCUUAAACUUCUGCUGCCCCCUGCUGCUCUGAAGAGAAAUCCACCAGAUGGGAGUCUGAAGACAGAACUGGUUCUUCUGUUAGAGCAUCACGUUUCCAAGUGAUGGAUAGAAAUCCAAAAACACUCCAGCUGAGUUUCGUGGUGGUUUUCUGCCUCAUGGUUACCUGAUUCAGUGGUCCCACUGCUGUUAGUUCCUGCCGUAACAGACAGAACAGGCCAAGCUGAUAGCAGUGCUCACUCUAAAGCUGGUGAGGAUGUUAUCUUGGUUCAUGUUAAACUGGAUGACUUGUGCAGGCACUGGUUGUAUUUCUGGUCAUCUCUUGUUAUUAUGUGCUGACUUAAACAUCAGAUGUACUGUAACACCACGAAGAGUACUGUAAUGCCAAUUACUGUUGAUGCAAAGAGUAUAGAUUAUUGCUCUAUUAUGAGUUCUACUAAAGUGAAGAUGCUGUUAAAGUAUCAGCAGGUCUGAUAACUUGGUGUCGUUAUUGUACAGAUCAUUUAAUGUACAUUCAGGGCUUGCUGGAUGGUGGAAGAAGGACUUUUACUUAAGUAAAAAACGUAACACCACAGUGCAGAAAUACAAGUAAAAGUACAAAGUAUUAGCAACAAAAUACACUUAAAGUACAAAAAGUAAAAGUACUGAUUAUGCAGAAUGGCCCAUUUCAGAAUAAUGUGUGUUAUGUUAUUGAAUUAUAAUUAUUGAUGCAUUAAUGUGUUCAUCACUUUAAUGGUACAGCUGGUAAAGGUGGAGCUUAUUUUUUACUAUACAUACUGAGCGUGAAUUUCACCAAGGGAGUAGAAGUAUAAAGUAGCAUAAAAUGAAAUUGGACUGAAGUACAGAACUUGAAGAAAUGCACUGAGUUACUUUCCACCGCUGGUUGUAUGUUACAGUCAGCUGCUAAACUAUUGUGUAGCUUUAAAAACAAAAACAUCAUCAGCAUGUCUGUAAAUAUCUACAUAUGUAUACAUAUAUAUCUGUAAAUAUAGACUUUUAUACUGUGUUUUAUCAUCACUGGAUCACAUGUUUAUCCAGUUUUAUUCACUUUAUCUUAUGAGCCUUAUUUGAAUUGACAAGUGUUUAAGAUUUUUAUUUACUGAAGUUAAAAAAGUAAAUUAUUAAUUUUCUAAUGAAUCUUUUAGGAAUAAAAAUAAAUAAAUAAAAACUUUGCUGUUUCCAUUUUUGC